AUGAACCCGUCCAUCUUCUUCCUGGUCUUAGCAAUUAACUUAGUAUCAGUCUUUUCCCAAGACCCACCCAACAUAUGUACGCAGCAUAUCGCCUUCGGAAAGGCAUGCGGCUCAUCUCAACCGACAAUUAGAUACCAUUUCGACAACGAUACCAGAUUAUGUAUGGCUUUUGAAUUCGAGGGGUGUGAAAGUAAUGAGAACAAUUUCUUAUCGGAUUCUGAGUGCAAAGCUUCAUGUACUCCAACUGAUAAUGUCGGUUGUCCAGUCAACUCUAAACCAUUGACAAAAGAAGAUGGGAGUAAUUUAUGCCAGCAAAGUGAAGACUGCGUACCGGAAGGAUUCUGCUCCAAAAGACUUUCGGGUGGAGGGAAAUGUUGCAGGAAAGCUAUCAGAAGUAUCAUUUGA